UUCAGAAGCCAGAAUGUAAUGAAAUGUCUCCUCAUUCAUCGCAGCUGCCAUUGAAGCACAUGAUAUGCUUUCUGCUUGUCGUCUUCAUUUGCUCUUUUGUUUUUGCAUACCAGUAUAUUGAGAAAAGCAAUUAUUGCCUUGGAGCAAGCAAUAAUGUCCCUCCGCCCUUCACAACUUCUUACUUAGUUGAAAAUUCUGGAUACGGCAAUGAUAUAAUUCAAAAGCUCGCAGAUUACGCAAUUCUUAAUGAAAAAGUGAGCGAUGAAACUGAAAAUUUCAAAAAAAGCUAUCAUGGAACCGGGAACAGGUUUUGGAAAGCGGCAAAUUUCGAUGGAUGUUGUUUACCCAAUACAAUUAUUAUUGGUGCUAAAAAAGCAGGAACGCGCGCUCUGAUUAAUUUUUUAGAUAUGCAUCCAGAAGUUGCUGUAGCGCGCAAUGAAGUCCACUUUUUCGACCGAGAAGAGAACUACUCUCUGGGUCUGAAAUGGUACGCUAAAAGAGUCAAGCCGAAACAAGGUGCCAAAGCAUUAAUAGAGAAGUCUCCAUUUUACUUUAUUGACAAGGAAACGCCGGAAAAAGUAGUUGCGUAUAAUUCAUCUAUUAGACUCAUUCUAUUAGUAAGAGAUCCUGUCAAUAGAAUUCUAUCCGAUCAAACUCAAUUAUACUAUAAUUCAGGUAAGACUACGCCAAAUUUGGUCCAGAAAUUAUAUCCUGAUAAUCGGAGCGAUAUUGACCAAACAGCUAAAAUUUUGCAGCCUAGUCUUUACGCUAAGUACCUGAGACGGUGGAUCACAGUUUUUCCUAGAACUCAGAUCCAUAUAGUCGAUGGUGACAAACUCACACAAGCCAAUCCUUACUACGAAAUGAAAUUGCUAGAAAAGUUUCUUCGGCUUUCGUCGUUUUACAGUCCCGAAAAGUUUGUGGUCGAAAAAACGAAAGGUUUCUAUUGCCCUGUUCAACCAAAUGGUACUUUAAAAUGUCUCAGCUCAUCAAAAGGAAGGCAGCACCUUGAGUUCGAUCAAAAACUUUUGAACCAGCUGAAAUUAUUUUUUGCUCCAUUAAAUAAAGACUUUGCCAGACUAGUGGGGCAAGACUUUUCUUGGAGCUAGCUCUUUUUUUUAAGUUUUCUAAAUAAGUUGUUAGUUAAACAGUAAAUUAUAAUUUAUUUUGUAAAUGUUUAGAAACGUUUUGAUAUCCAUUUUUUAAUUUAGUUUGCAAGGUAAAAUUGUUUCAGGGGUUAUUGAUUGAUAUAAACCCUCUGACUAUAAUUUCUUAAACAUUCAAUUUUUCA